CGAGUACUGAGCGAAGUUCGAAAAGGAUUGGUCGCCCUAUCGCAGAAGAUCGUCGGUCCAUGUGCUCUCAUCCAAGGAGCACUACCUAAGAUUCUGGCAGAAACUCCUGAGGAGUACUUUGAAUACAAUCGUCAAGUGAUCUCUAAAAACGCCAAUAUUGUAAGUAAACUACUGAAAGGACUGGAUGGAGUGCACUGCCUGCAACCUCAUGGAGCCAUGUACAUGAUGAUCAGCAUCGACAAGUCCAUGUACGGAGACGACAUUAAGUUCGCAUCGGAUCUGAUUCAGGAGGAAUCCGUGUAUUGCCUUCCCGGAUCAGCUUUUUCGUCCCCCGGAUGGAUUCGAUUAGUCAUCAUUCAUACAGAGGACGUGACUGAAGAAGCCAUGAACCGCAUUCGACAAUUUUGUGAACGACGGCGACUGGGCAGAUUCCCAGAGAGCGACGAGUUGUCAUCUGAUGAAGGCUGUGAAAUUUUAAGUGAAUCAAAUUAG